AUUUCUCCUUGCACUUUGUACUCUAGCAUGCUGCAGGACUGCUAGUAUUGUUGGGCAGAGUGAUUGGGGUUUCUGUACAAUCUCCCGUGACCAAUGAGCGGGGUGCUGUCAGGGGUAACCACAUCUGUCAACCGUUCUUGGCCAAUAAAGAGCGGAGCGAGGCGGACCACAGGUGCGCGCCUCUGCGUCCCCUUGGCACAGCGCCCGGGAGAUGCUGGAGAGAGACGCCUUGCUGCCCCGUGGCGCAAAAGAGUUACUGUCAAAGGCAGCAUCCUUUUAACUCCAGCUAUCACUCUGGCUCCGAUAGUUAUGGCGACCGCAACGUCUAACCACUACAGCGUCCUCACCACCCCCAGCAGCGCGCCGCCGCCGCACUCCGAGUCCGGGAGCAUGCAGCAGGCGGUAGCGUACAGGGACGCGCACAGCCUGCUCCAGAACGACUACAGCACGUUACCGGGAGGUGGACAUCCGCUCAGCCACGCGCACCAGUGGAUAACGGCGCUGUCUCACAGUGACAGCGGGGCGCCUUGGCCGUCCAGUCCCAUCGGAGAACAGGACGUGAAGCCCGUACUGCACGACAGUGACCGAGAGGAGCUGCAGAACUCCAACAAUCUGCAGCAACAGCAACAGCAGCAGCAGCAGCAGCAACAGCAACAACAGCGACACCCUCACCUCGCGCACCAGCAGGCGCAUCACGACGCCAGAGCAUGGAGAACCAGCACCGCCACCACGCUCAUCCCCGGUAUGGCGACAUCUGAGAGCCAGAGCCUGGUGUACUCCCAGUCCGGCUUCGGUCUGAUGCCUGGGGGAGAGCAAGGGGGGAUGCACCACCACCCCCUCCGGGAUGACGACCACCACAGCCACAGUCCACAUCUGAGUGAUCACGGCGGCGGCCCUGGGGCCCACCAGCAGUCUCUCUCGCACCAUCACCAGCACGGGGGCCACCAGGACCAGUCAGACGAAGACACGCCGACCUCCGACGAGUUGGAGCAGUUUGCCAAGCAGUUUAAGCAGCGGCGCAUCAAGCUGGGCUUCACCCAGGCGGACGUGGGGCUCGCUCUUGGGACGCUGUAUGGGAACGUGUUUUCUCAGACCACCAUUUGCAGGUUCGAGGCGCUUCAGCUGAGCUUCAAAAACAUGUGUAAACUCAAGCCCUUGUUGAACAAGUGGCUGGAGGAGGCGGACUCCACAUCGGGGAGCCCCACCAGCUUGGACAAAAUCGCAGCACAGGGGAGAAAGAGGAAAAAGAGGACCUCCAUCGAGGUGGGCGUCAAAGGGGCUCUGGAGAGCCAUUUUCUCAAAUGUCCAAAACCAGGAGCAGCGGAGAUCAACUCCCUAGCGGACAGCCUGCAGCUGGAGAAGGAGGUGGUGAGGGUUUGGUUUUGUAACCGGCGGCAGAAGGAGAAGAGGAUGACACCCGCUGGGGGACAGAUGCCAGGAGGCGAGGACAUGUACGGGGACACCCCUCCUCACCACGGAGGACAGACUCCUGUGCAGUGACCUCGGACACGGACCAUUUAACGGAGGAAUGAUUCCUUCCUUAUUUCUUUGAUUCUCUGUGCUGGACCCGCUCGGACCUCAUCCGGUUUAAAUGUUGGACCCACGGACACGCAGAGUGGGGGGAUAUACAGUGGCACUCAAGCACUAAAAAAUACGCAUAGCUGUAUGGAGCUGUUUCAUGCCGCGGAACUGCCAAGCAUAUUGGGAUACGGUGGAAGGUGUGUGUUUGUGUGUGUGUUUGUGUGAGUGUGUGUGUGUGUGAGUGUGCGCGCGUGUGUGUGCUAACCAAAAAAAAAAAAAAAGACCACAGCGACAUUGAUACAAUAUGCCAUUUCUACAGCAGGACGCCAGCGCGUGUCGUGAUGUAUGUGUCAUUAAAGAAAGGCAGAGUGUGAUGUGGACACGAGGUGUCCGCGGGGGGACAGACACGAGAACACGCUGCAGUCAGAGGGUAAAUAAACGCCAUCUUUCCAUCAUAACAAAAGCAACAGGGGUUCUGAAAUGGCAGACACCUGCUGUACAAUGUUAACAAUGAAAAGCCAAUAUACCAGCCCAUUAUUAGCAGUAUUAUUAUUGUUAUUAUUAUCAUUAUUAGUAUUAUAAUUAUAAUACUUAUUAAAACGAUGUUUUGACUGUAAUGUCAAACACUUCCAUAUUAAUUAUAAAUAUUUAUCUUGCUUUAAUAUGGUAAAGUAUACAGUUCUCACAUCACAAAAUAAUAAUAAUAAUAAUAUUAAUAAUGAUAUUUGAUAAAACUACUCACUAUUUAUGUUCACCUUUAAUGCUUUUCUUUCUGUGCAGACAUCAAGGGCGCCUGUACAGAUGUUUAUACUGAAUUAUUAUUAUUAUUAUUAUUAUUAUUAUUGUUAUUAUUAUUAUAAUUAUUAUUUCUCUAGUUUUUUUUUCUCCAAAAAUGCUGUGACGAUAAAGACCGAGACUGUCCGGCUGGAACACUCAAAGCAAUCCAGCCCAUUUUGCCUUCCUUUCCUAAGAAGAAAAAAAAACAAAACACACACAUAAAAACAAACAAAAAUACAUAAAUAAAUAAAAAUAAAAAAAUAAGUUAAAAAAAAUAUUUCAAAAGGGAACAUGGGGGAAACUAAAUAUAUCCCUGGUACCAGCUCUGGCCGCAGUGGCUACUAUACUGUAUGACUCAUUCAUUCACAAUGAAGACAAUUUGUGGGAUGUAUCUCCAUUCGUUUUUGUAUGGCUUUGUUUGUUUGUUUGUUUGUUUGUUUGUUCCGUUUCCUCUGUCAGUCUGUGCCAAAGCACAAACACAAACACGUGUUCUUGUGCCACUUAAAUCCUGUGAAUUAAUAAUAAACCUGAUCUGGUUUGGGGUGGAUGAACAAGGGGAGGGGUGGCAAAUAAAUCCACCAAGUAUUUGGGGAUUGAUUCUCCCAAAAUUGAAAGGAAAUAAUUCCAGAAACUCAAAUCCAACUGAAGGCUGUAAGAUGGCUGAGGAGAAAAUGUAGCAUUUCAGCAAAACAGAAAACAGAAUCUGAAUUUUUGCACCAAAACCUUCUGUAUGUAUAGGCCCAGUGUUACAGUGAAUCUAUAACCAAAUAAUACACUCAAUUUGUAUGAAUUUCCCAUUGCCAAUUAAUUAACAUUAUGUACAUUUUUGGGUUACAGUUUUACACGCAUUUAAAUAUCACAUUAUAAUUAAUGUUUCAUUUAAAUGAACCAGUUUAAUCCUUCAGCUGAAUUUGAGUUUCUGAGGUGGAUGAAAAAAAAUAAAUGAAACAUAAAUAAUCAACAAAACCAAAAGGAAAUAGCAUUGACCUGAAAUCUGUGAUCAAUCCAAACGGAGGAGAGGGAAAAAGAAAUCAACGAUUGCACAAUUUCUACAUGCUUUUUGUCAUUAAAUCGUAAUUGUUUUCUACAACA